AUGGCCGAGAACUGUCCUGAUGGGCGUGUACUGAGCGUCCUCAACCUUGAGCUCUCAGAGGGCGUGGAUGUGUCUGAUGGCGCAACAGCGCCUGGCAAAUUAUUCAAGGCAUCUAUGGAGUAUGUGGGCACUAUUCCAGGUUGCUUUGACGUAAAAUGGGCGCGCGAGAGACGGAAUGUUUGUGUGUUGAUCCUCUGGGACAACCCCCUGUCAUGGAGGUCUUUUCAGGAAUCAGUCGGGUUUACAAGAUUGGCGCCUCUGGUCACACAUAACAUUGCGAACCGCUCGAUGAUGCUUCCCCGAGUCCAGGGAUCUGUUCCAAAAAAAGCAGAAAGAUUUCUAGGGCGCAUGGAGAUUACACUUCAAGCAGACCUUGACUCCAAUGCCAGGUUGCAGUUCGAGUGCCAGGUUUCCGCCAUCAUGGGUGACGUUGGCACGGGCGCUUGCCGCGAGCUCGCGUCUGGUUGGAUUGAACAUAAUGCUCCAGUUUCGAGAUUGAUUGUAGAUCAGGAAAACAUUCCGGCGAGGACGGAAUGUAUCUAUCUCAUAUUGUACGAGUCUGCCGAGGACGACGAUAUCGAACGCAACUCCCCAGAACUGCGCGAACGAUUGGGUCAAGUUCCAGUAUCUACAAAUGUCAAAAAGAAGUUCAGCAUCAGUCCUCGAAUGAUAUACCAGGACAACCACGAGCCCCCAUCACUCGAACCAGCGCCACUUCAACCACAGGUCGGCACACUGGCCGGUGCAUUACAGCGUGGCAUUCGCAGGUCCGCUCUGAACGAGAAUAUGGAUGUUGCCACCGCCCACCUGACUGAAUACAAAUGCUAUCCAACGGAUCCAAUGGCUGUCUCUCAAGCGCAACUUUACAUGAGACACAAUGCUCACUACACGGCGCUGUGGCGAUUGGGUCCUCGCCCAAAUCCCGGGCGUGUAUUGCCGGAGCCCUACGUGGUGGACAUCGCCUGGCUCAAGGCUCGAUCGUCGCUGGACAAGAUCAAGCAGCGAAUUGGAAAGAUGCUCGACUAUAAAAUCCGACAGCUAGUUGGCUAUCAUUCUGGGUUCUGGGUUCGUGUGGCUGACUCGGCACAUGAAUUUGGCGUCUGCACUGUUUGGGGAAACGAGAGUAUCAGGGCCACGACUAAGGCUGAAUAUUGCGAAAUACUCGAGCGCUUCGACGACGGUUCGUCCUAUUUGGAUGCACCGCCAGUCCAACAAAGUGUGUCGUGGCAGCGGUCGGAGGAGGCUGAUGAGAGGGUUUCUCUCGGCGAACUUUUGCACAUUGAGGUCAUUACCUUUCGUGUACCGCACGACGCGCGGCGCGGAGAAUUAUUCGAGUAUGCCUUUACAGGAUUCCGACGGUUUGUUCGCAUUUCUCCUUUCCACAGCCAUGACAUUGCCGUUUGCCCGUGCGAAGCUGACACAAAGAGCCCACAGAAUCACGCGGGGAUGGGAAAUGUCUGGUACGCCGCCGCCAGCGUGCACUCUCUUUAA